AAUUAGAAUAGAGAAAUAAAGUUUUCAUGGUAAACGAACUUUACCAAAAAUUAACUAAAGAAAAACAACUAAAUUUACUAUUGCAUUUAAAAAAAUAUUUAAAUAAACGAUUAAAAAAGGCGGUUACUUACAAAUAUUGAGUGUAAAAUUAAGAUAAUUAGUGUUAAUAAACCAAAUGUGCAUGAACGUGAAAUAAAAGUUAAAAUGAAAGAGGAGUAUUUGGAAAUUGAAGAACUCGAUAUAAAUACGCAUUUCGAUGGCCAGCCUCCGCAGCAAGAACAGUUACAGCAAAAUCCCGGUCAAGCGGAAUUUUUAUCUACACAUCCCGUCGAUUUUGAUGGCCAGUACGAUGAUGCAAUGCUGAGGAAGCUGCUAAAGAAAUUCCAAAUGAGUUUUUUAUAUCCAUUCUUAAAAGUUUGUGACAUAACAUAUCGCAGUUUACGUUAUCUAUCGGUUGAUGAUAUAAAUACAGCCAUACGUAGUGUAGGUCACAGAGCCGAAUUUCGUGAAAAACUUUUUAACUGGAGACGUAAAAGGUACCGCACAAAUGAUGUAAUAAUAGAAUGUGAAAAACUGACUCCUCCUACUGCUACAGCCGCCGAAAAACCAACAGUAUCAGCGAAUAAUUCAACUGCCGGUACUAUUAUAAAUACAGUAAAACCUAGUCAAGCAAAUAUUAUAAUAUCUCAGUUACCAACAACGACCACACAAACGGCGGUGGUAACACCAGAAAUGGCUGCCACUUCCAACUCUACCAGUGGCAAUAAUACAAAUAAUGCAUUUCAAAAUGCCAUUAAACCCUUUAAAAGGGAUACAAGCUAUUUGGACACCUCUCUGCAAGAAAUGAUUGAUGAAUUACCAACAGAAAUGGAAUUUGAUGUGGAACCGAAACGGCCCAAGUUGUUCGAAACUACUGUUGAAUUAAGAGAGACACGUUUAAAUGUGCAAUUGAAUCUCGAUGAAUUAUUAGAUGAAUCUUUAUUUGGACCUGUUAUGAAAGCUUUUUACCAAAAGAAUGGCUAUUUAGAGCGUAAACAUCGCGAUGAAUUAAUACAGAGUAUAGUGGAUUAUGUUAUUACCCAUGAGAUUAAAUUACAUUCUUCCGAUUUUAAUAAAAUUGUCGAUAUGAUUAUAAGUAUAUUUCCCAACGAAGAGGAGUCAAGGGAUUACUAUUUCAUAAAUCGUAAAGGAAAACGAAAUCCCAUGGGUCGCCUCUAUACCAAAUACUACAACACAUUGAAGCGAAUGCGUGUACGAGACAUACACCAAGAGUUUACUUUGGAAUCAACAUUAAUGCCAGUUGUAUCAUUACAAGAAGAUACAACAUCCAUGAUGACAACAACAUCAACAGCAUCGACAACAGCAGCAGCAGCAGCAACACAAAUGAUGUCAUCGGCAAAUGUUAUAAGCACAUCGGCAAGUACUAUGGGAAAUAGUAACAGCAGCAACAACAAUGGUAUUAAUAAUUAUAAUAAUAAUGGUGGCAAUAACAAUAAUAGUAAUAGCGCCAAUACACAAAUUGAUCUCAAUGAAGAUGAAUUUCAAGAGCUCAUACAGCUUGAUGACACUUCAAUAAGUGCCAUAAAGAAUUUUUUACGUUGCCAAGGACUCGAUUGGGAUGAUGUUAAGACGAUGUGGUCUAAAACAUAUUUGGCACGUCAGGAAGAUGUUGAACACUCUACCAUUAAGGAUGUACUCCAACAAUGGCCAAAAUACCUUAAUGCUAGAGGCAUGGAAUUGUUUGAUAUUGAUUUCCGUUUGAAAUUUUCUCGCAACAAGGCAACUGCUUUGCAUAAAAAAUGGCAAACUUUCGCACAAAAGAUUUUUAGUUACUAUCAAGGCAAUAUAAAGGAUGACAUGUGUAAAGGACUAUUUGCUUUAUGCAAAUCUAAACCAGGCAAAGACACCGAAGACUACAUAAUAACUGUAUUGCUUAAUGCCAUUAUGCUACCCAUGGCUCGUUAUCGUGAUGCCUUGGGCAAUCGUCGUAAAAUUUCCAUUGUUGAAGCUGUAGAUCUUUUCGCCAUACGUGUAAAUACCCUCGAAGAUUUGGAUCAAAAACGUGAAGAGUUUUCCAUUAAAUACGGUGACAUACACACCGAUUAUACGCCGCUCAUUGUAGUUGUGGGUGACAACAAUAUCAAUAUCCAUGAAAUCUAUGUGCAUUUCGAUGUGGCUCUCUAUGAAAUGCCAGAUUUUAUUAGUGCUCUUGAUUGUUGCAUGAAAAUAUAUCGUGUUUUGAAUUUACCAUAUCCUUCAUCGAAUGAAUAUUCGUGGACAUUUAUACAGCGUUAUUUUUACGAAAUCAUGUUGCCGGAUGAUAUGAAAUGUCCAUCAAUGAGUUCAUUAAUAACGUAUUUAAAAUUUUAAAACAACAGAUUAUUAAGAAAAAGAAAUGUGCAUUUUUUAACUUAUAAUUAUACAUCAUAAUGUUGUACAUAUUAAUAUACAUAAUAUGUAUGUAUAUGUAGAAAUGAAAUAUAUAUACAGAAUCAUGAAAUAA